GGCGAGUGCUUGUGCGCGGGGGCAUGUAUAUAGCGAGUCGUGCUUUCGCCUCGAGUGGGAAAAGUUGUUGCUGUAUUAUAUAUUUAUGAAAUAAUUUACAUCUUUAUGUGCGCAUAAUCAAGACGACAUGGAGCUGCUGCUGCUGCUUUGAUAUAGAGGUUCCGAGCUCGACUCCGUUUACGUAUCUCAAAAAGUUGUAUACCAGUGACCGGAAGAAAAUAAAGAAAAAGAAGGAAAAAUGAUGGAGAAGACGUACGCGAAGAUGCGCUCGAAGCUGGCGUCGAUCUACUGGCCGGACUCGGUCGACUCGUCGAUCGGCAGCUCGGGCAGCGCCGGCAGCAGCAGCGGAAACGCCAACGGCAGCCGGAACUACGUCGACCCGUGGGACCUCGAGAACUACGCGUACAUCAGGCGGCACAGCGUGGCCCUACCGCCACCGCCGCCGGAGGAGGAGAUCAUUCAGCAGCAGCCGAUCUAUCAGACGACGAGGCGACGAAGGGCCGGAAGCCGCUACGCUGGCCCGAGCGAUACCGAUCUCUACGACUCGAAUUAUCAGUACGCAGCUGCUCGCGAGCCCGGUUACCACGCGCCCGGCAGCGUCGAGGAGAUCUACUUCGGCAGCAGCGAUCUGUCCGCGACCCUGAGACGAGCCGCCGCCGCGGCGACGAUGAGAAAAAACAGCAGCAGCAGCAGGUACGAUUACAGCAGGCGUCCUCCCCUGGCGGAACCGACGCAGCAGCCCAUCUACGAGACGCGACAGGAGCUGCUGCAGCUGGACGACGACGUAGACUACGAGGACGAGUUCGCCUGUCCGGUCGGCGUCAGGUCGUCGUACUACGACACGCCGCUGCCCCUCUACGCCAAGCUCUCCGAUAUCGAGCAAGCCGAGGCUCUCGAGGAAAUCAGGCGGAGAGAAAUGACGAUGACUUCGAGGCACCGAGGAAAGGGCACCGUAACGAGAUCGAGGAACUAUCCCGGAAGGUGAGAGGAUAUUGACAAUAAUCAAAACUUGUGUACUUUUUU